AAGAGCCUUGCGGUUUAUUGGCUGGAUUUCUCAUGUGGUUCAUGUCCAACAGCCAUUUUUGUAAAACACAAACAAGACGACCGAGCGAGACAGAAAAGCUCAUUGCGACUGCUGCAGAUACAGGUGGAAAAAUACACAAAGAAUUCGGCAUCGAACUCAGACAAGACAAGUGUUGAAAACAGAGACACACCAGUAGUUCAGACCAUCGGUUCCCGAUAAGCACAAACGUGCAGAACGAGUGAGUUCUUUAAAGGAGAUCCAACUCUGGAGAAAACAGUGGCUGGCUAGUUUAGCCUAGCUGGCCAGCAGGCUCGCAGAGGUGUGAGGAGUUGGGAGCUGGAUGCUUGCCUAUGAAACAAUAACUCACAAAAUCCAGAAUAAAAGUAAAAGAGAUCAAGAAUAGAGAGAAGCAUUUCCCAGCAAUAGUUACGGUAUUACAAACUGCCCUGAAAUUUUACAAACAGCAGUUGCUGUUAUUUAUGCUGCCACAAAUUCUUAAUCAUAGUGUGUUUUUUGUCCCUUAUAUUUCUCUCUAAAGUGUUUUCAAAUUGCUGAAUUUUUUUUUCUUUAAAGAUUUUCUUUAAAGUUACUGGCACACUGUUGUGCCGUCUUUCUUAUAUCUGGCUAGAUAUUCAUCAGCCGUUAUCUCUGUGAAACUGGCAGCUAUUAUAAUAUUCAUACAGAGUUUAGAAUUACUAAGUCCACCUCAGCAUACAGAACCACUGUACUGGUUCUGACAGAACCACCUCAUUCCUGUCCGCGUUCAUACUGGUCCUUUACAGUCCUGUUCUUUGGACAAGAAACCCCUGAGCCUUCUGGACAUAUAGAAUAUGACUGCUGAGACCCUAACCUUCGGUCCAGAAUGGCUCCGUGCACUAUCCAGAGGGGGGAGUGUGACGUCCCCUCCCCCUUCCCCUGCAAUGCCAAAGUCCAAGUUGGCCGACUACCGCUAUGGCCGCGAGGAGAUGUUAGCACUUUAUGUCAAAGAUAACAAGAUCCCCGAGGACAUGCAGGAUAAGGAGUUUGCUGCUAUCCUGCAGGAAGAGCCUCAGCAGCCGUUGGCCUUGGUGCCCCUGACUGAGGAGGAGCAGAGAAACUUCUCCAUGUCUGUGAACAGUGUGGCUGUGCUAAGGCUUAUGGGUAAAGGAGGUGGAGCUGUACCAACAGGUGUAGCUAGAGGGCGAGGAAGCACUCGAGGCGGUCGAGGGAGAGGCAGAGGAGAGGGUGGAUUCUACCAAAGAAGUGUGGAUGAAGAAGUCGGUUUUGGCCGAGGACGAGAGAUGCACCGCAGUCAGAGCUGGGAUGACAGAGGUGAGCGGCGCUUUGAAAAGCCAUUGAGGCGUGAUGGUGGGCGUGGUGGUUUUGAGGAGGGAGGAGCAGUAGGAAGGAAGGACUAUGCACGCUCAGACAGUGAAAACUGGCGUACACUCAGAGAGGGGCAGGAGGAUGAUGAUGGGGCAGAACCUGGGGGAAGCUGGAGGAUUGCUGGAGGUCGUCGUGAUGGUACUUUCACUUCUGUGUUCUUUAUUUUUUUCCAUUAUUUUAUUUAUUUAAAUUUUUUAACUGGCCUUUUUCUUCAUCUAGAUGGAGGUCCUCGUUCAGCAGGAUGGCGGGAUCACAGCAGUGGGGAUGGCCGUCGUAGGAAGUUUGACUUUGACUUCCGAGAUGGAGAGGGUGGACGUAGAAGGGCUGGAAGUGAGGGAGGAGAGGACGAACGAGAUGGCCUGCCUGAGUGGUGCACCGAUGAAGAAGAAGGGGAAAUGGGAACCUUUGAUUCUUCUGGAGCCUUCAUGUGCAUCAAGAAAAGCUCCAGAGAUGCAAUCCCUGAAGACCAGGAACUGGAAUUUGAAGCUCUGGAGGAGGAAGAGGAGGGUGGUCAGGAGAAGCUGGACAGCCUUGAUGAUAAAUCGGAAGCAUGUGAGGCACUAACUGUGUGUGAUGGAGAUAGAAACUCAUUAUCUCCUCAUGCUGUGUCUGCUCCUGCCCCUGUGCACCCUGUUGCAGAGGAAGAGACUCCCAAACCCAUAGUCACUCCUCCCUCAAAACUGUCACCCCAACCAGAUGAAGAUGCAGCUCCAGCAGGUAGCACCACACCACAGACGCAGAGCUCCUCUCCUCCCUCAACCACUGGCACUGAUCUUCCAACCGUAGGGGGAGACACAGAGGAGGAAGAUGGCAUGAAGCACCUUCAGCAGGAGGCUGAGAAGAUGGUGGCGUCCCUGCAAGACACGUCCCUUGAAGAGGAAUGUUUCACUCAAGCGCUUCACGAGAGCCACAUCACUACGGCACACACUCAUACACACCCAAAUGCACACACACACUCUCACUCAACCUCACACACUCUCCCGCACUCCAGCGCCAGCGCUCUGCCCCUGUCCCACGAAUCAGCAAUGAAGUGGUUCUACAAAGACCCUCAAGGGGAGAUUCAAGGUCCAUUCACUACAGUGGAGAUGUGUGAGUGGUUUCAGGCAGGGUAUUUCACCAUGAACCUACUGGUCAAACGUGGCUGUGAUGAGGGAUUUCAGCCCCUGGGUGAAGUCAUUAAGAUGUGGGGGCGUGUGCCUUUCUCUCCCGGCCCCUCCCCUCCUCCACUUCUGGGGAACAUGGACCAGGAGCUGUUGAAGAAACAGUUCGAACAAGCUGCCACUGCAGCCCUUUACCAACAACUUCAGAUGAGAUUUCAGAACCGGUGUGGGGAGACUGGGAUGAUGCCUGCGAUGAACAGGUCCAUGUCAGUGCCAGACACCGGGCCCAUGUGGGACAUGCCUACCUCAGUCUCUCAGCAGUCAGGCAGUGAGACCAGUCUGUGGGACUUAACCAUGAGUAACUCCACUCAGGGUCCAACUCUUGAACAUUUGCAGAAACUCCAGCAGGAGAGGCGUGAAGCUGAACUCAGGGUCAAGCGUGAAGAAGAAGAGAGGAAACGGAGGGAGGAAAAGCGCCGGCAGCAGGAGGAACAGAAGAGGAGAGAGGAGGAGGAGCUUUAUAGACGAAAACAGCAGUGCCGUCAGCAGCAGGAAUUGAUCAUGAAGUUUCUGCAGCAGAGCCAGCAGCAGCAGAGCAUGCCAGGGGGCGCAGGAUGGAGCGGAAGCCAGACAGGAGCUUUGUCUCUGGGCAAAGCUACCGGAAAGAGCAUGGGACUCCUGGAGCUGGAGGCUGAGAGACUUCACAAACAGCAGCAGAGAGCUCAGCAGCAGCAAAGGCAUGGAGGUUUGACAAUGGGCCAGUGGAGUGAUGGGCCAUCUGGGAUGUGGUCUGGAGCUGGCAUGGAAGGGAAGGUCGGAGGCGGCAACCCUGCAAUGGGCAUGUGGGAUGAGCCCAUGAAGAACCAGGCCAGCCAUCGCAACAUUGGCCUGAAGAACAGCCGCAGCAGUCCCUCUCUCAGCGAGCAGUACCUGCUGAAUCGCCGUAAGCGUACUGAUGAUGAGGAUAGACUUCUGAAGCUUCUUCAGGGGAUGAAACCUCAGGACGGUUUCACCACUUGGUGUGAACAGAUGCUCCACGCUCUCAACACCUCUGCAAAUAACUCCUCUUCACUGGAUGUGCCCACCAUUGUGGCAUAUCUGAAGGAGGUGGAGUCUCCAUAUGAAGUUCAUGAUUUUAUCCGCAUUUAUCUGGGCGAUACCAUUGAAGCCAAAGAGUUUGCCAAGCAGUUCCUGGAGCGCCGUGCCAAACAGAAAGCAAACCACCAGAGACAACAGCAACAGCUGUCCAAGGAAGUCUCUGGAUUGAACAUGAACUUCCCCCUGCAGUCAAUGUUCCAGGCAGCUCACAUGGGUAAGGGCGGCAGUUUGUAUGACACUCAGGGAGGAAAAGCGAAGAAAAAGCCUAGCAUGAUGCUCCAUUCUGACCCCAGUAUCCUCGGCUACUCAUUCCUGGGGGGAGGUGAGCUGGAGCAGGUGGAGGAUUACUGACCCAGCCCGUCUACUUGAGUUUACCUGAGGCCUUAAACCUGGAGCAAAUCAGCAGAGGAAUGUGCACUGCUCAAUUAGGGAAGGGGCGGGCAAUAUUUGUCCUUACCCCCUCUCUCUUUCUCCCUCUUUCUCUCACUCUGCACUGUGAGAGGAGCAGAAGGAGGUUAUUGGGAGGUUCAGUGUAAAGAGGAGAUCCUCUUCUGCCUCCCUUCAGUAAAGCACCUUACCGAAACGUUGCACUUUAAUGUUUUCACAUUUGAAAUGGAGUUGUCUUUCUUUCUUUUUUUUACAAUGCAAAACUGUGUGAAUAUAUUGUUGCAUAUAUUAUGUGUAGAAUAUUUGUAUGAAUAUACAUACGAGAAGUAGGAAUGGUGCGGUUUCUGCCGUAUCAGACGUGGGGGUUGACAAACGUUGUUGGGGAGAUGCAAGUUGAGCAUUUCUCCUAAAAGACAAACACUGUUGUAUUUUUAUGUUCAAGGUAAAGCUAUAAAAAUAUGAAUUUUGAAAACUUGAAGAUUUGCACUUGUUUAACAAAAAAAAAGACAAAAAAAAGUUAGCAUAGGUUGAGUUUUUUGUGAGCGUGUGUGUAAGCAUAAGAGAGAUGAAGUCUGCACAAAUUUUAUUGCUUUCUGAAGUGUAUAAAACAAAUGCCAUGCUUUUAUUUUGUUCAACACAAUUUUGUACUUCAUUGCGCAUGUGUGCUAAAGUGUGUGUGCAUGAACGGACAGAAGUAGUUUGUGCUUUUUUUUGUAAAUAGGCUCUUAAAGAGACUGAUAGUACAGUCAAGCAUUGCGCUUUUACCCUCCAGUGUUUCAAAGCAUGACUGAGGUGCUGUUUGGCCCAUUUGGCUCUGUUCUAAGAGGGCAAUCGGGGUCUCUGGGUUUGAGUUUAAUGUAUGAAUGUAGCUUCCUUGUUGUUUGUACACCAACUACUUGCAUUACAACUCUUCCCCUUUCAUUCAUUCUCAGUCCACGAUGUGAAUUGUUGCCUUCUGUCCAGAAAGUGGGUGUGUGUGUGGUUGCUGUUGGUUGGUGUUUUGAGACAGUCACAAGGGCACUGUGAUUCUGUGUGUCGAUUGUGUUACUUUCUAUUUUUGUUGCUGUUGACAAAGGAUGAAUGAUUUAUUUUUUUAUUGUUCUAUACAAAGUAUUUUAACUUUGAGUUGGAGCACUUUCUAGGCUGCUACCUUGUAUUUUCUGAAUAAUGUUUUUUUUUUUAUUUGUUAGCGUUUUUUUUUAUUAUUUCAUUUGCCUCUUGAGGAUGUUUUAUUAUGAAUGAAUGUAUUCCAAAACAAACCAUGUAUAACAGUAGUACAUCUAACAAGAAGGCUUGAGUGUCCCGGGGUGAAAUGGGACACACCAAACCAAUCGGAAUAUGCCCGUUGUCUGAGGUCAGAUUCUGGGAUGCACAUGGCUUGUACCAAGCUGAUGGUCUCUGGCUGCUUGUGCUCUUCCAGAACUUUCUCACAGCACCCAGAGAUUCCGUUUGUCUCCAGACAUCUUGAUGGAACUGUUAUUUUGCCGUCUUGUUACUUGUGCUCUUGACACAGGGCAAUUGAGAGCCAAGGAUCUGCUGUGUGUAGCAGUUUUUUGUUUUUGUUUUUUUUUUGGAUAAGAGAAUCUAUUCCCCCUCCAAUACAUGACUUUUGGGGUUGAAAUACGUGAUGUUUUACAUCAGAAAUGUUUAAUCACCUGAAUCCUCUGAAUAGGAAGAGAAUGAGGAACGGAACGGAGGAGAUUCCGGUACUUGAUCUUUAGAAAAGAAAAAAAAAUCCUUCUUUAAGCAUAGUCUGACUGGAUUAUAUUUUUGUAAAAAAAAAAAGAAAAGAAAAAAGACAAUGACUGAAAACAAGCAUGGAGAAGUGGAUAUCAGCACUAAUUCAAACGCCAUCCCGGAGUCAGAAAAGGAGUGGCUACCAGCUGCAUUUAGUGCUACACAAAGAGAGUGACUGAGGGAUAAUGUGCGGAUCCAUUUCAUCCUCGCACCAAAGGGAUGGAGUUUUCUGCAUCCUUUGAGCUGCGGUCCCCACUGCUCUCUGCAACACUAUCAAAUGAAGGAAAAUCCUACAGCAUUUGAGAAAAAAUGUUUGAAUGUUUUGAUUUAAAAAAAAAAAGAAAAGAAAAAAAAAACCUUUAUGCCUUUUUAGAAGAUUUAUUUGUGGAGAAAGCGCAGAUUCUAACAUCUAUCAAUCAUAUUUCUUCAAAGACUUCCUUCCCUGCUAAGGGUUAAGGAGUCUAGAUGUGAUGACUGUUUGGAGAGGAGAUGGACUGAUGCAGACUCUCCUCAUUUCUUCGCGCGCUUCACUUGAACUAAAUCUCAAGGACACAGACUUGUCAUGAUUGCCUGUCAAUACAGUGAAAAAAAUGAGAGUAUUACAGCAAUUGUUGACAUUAUGGAGUUCAUGGAUGCUUGUGAAACAUCUGAGCUGCAGUGAAGCAGUUUUGUUCAGGAUGGACGUAACCUAGAUCUCCCUGCUGGGACCAUCACACCCACCAAUACGCGUCUUCUGAUGUUGUCGAACUGGAUUAAGCAAGAGGCCACAACUGUUCCUCUGCUUUCUUUCUCUCUUCAUCUAUCUUUUGACCGGACAGCGUAGAAUGGGACCCACAGACAGACUGGGUGUGUGCAUGCAUGUGGAGAGACUAUGUGUCUGUACAGACACUUGUACAUUCUUCCAUCUCGCUCAUGUGCGAGGUGGGGACUGGAUGCCCUGUAUAUAAUGUAAAUGAUUUUGGUCCUUGUUUGUUGGAUUCUGUCUGUCAUAGUUCGUCAUUUUGGAUGUUUCACAUGCCUUAACUGUACAAAAUAGAACUGCCCUGGUCGACAUUAAUGUAACGCUCAUUAGAAAAAACAGCACAGGCUAUAUCUACAUCACCCAGUCAUCUAAAGGAAUCUGAGCCUGGCUGAGGAUGUUUCCCCAUACUUGUACUUUAUUCAUCAUACAAGACUGGGAUGUUUCCAGUGUUUUCUAUGUAUUGUUGGUAUGUUAAUGUUCAAGUGAAUAACUGCAAUUAUUGACAUGUACAGAUAAAGGUUAAUGAACAUUGGUAUAUGCUAAAAUCUGAAAAAGAAGUUAAAAAGAGCUAGUUUGCCUUCUAUCAGUUUGGCAUUUUUUUUUUAGUGGGUACGUAAAGAAUAUGGGGGUUAGUUUUGCUUUGAGAAGAUCAAAAUAUGUUAAACUGAAAAUAAAAUAAAAACAAUUAAAUGCUUAA